UCUCGCGCGGCUUCUCGAGUCUUCCAUUCCUCCUUGUUCAUCCGCGCUCGCUGCUUCUGCUUCUGCUUCGUUCAUUCAUUGGACGUCUCGUCGCAGAGUAGACUCAAGCAACGAUCUCUCUCUCCUUCUCUCGGUGGAGCUUCGAUCAGGGAAAUUUUUGUUCGGGACGAUUUGUCUUACCGAGAUCGGCUGAGGAUGACUCGCGGUAACCAGAGAGAGCGAGAUCGCGAGAGGGCUCAAGCCAGGAGCGGCAACAAGGGCAAGCAGCCCAAAGGCGACGGUUUGACUCCCGAGCAACGGCGCGAGAGAGAUGCGAAGGCUUUAAAAGAGAAGGCGGCAAGGAAAGCAGCACAGGCGUCCGCUGGUGGAAUUAAUGCAGGCGGUGGUGGUAAUGCCAACGACAAGAAAUGAAAAUGGUAUUAUAGGGAAAACUAGAACUGGGUCAGAUCUGUGGUGUUUCUUUGGUCAUUAGGUCAUCUUACCACGUCCUUUUGAGUUUGAAGAAAUAUCAUAUGAUGUUGGCUUUCUUGGAGGACAUUGAUGUUGGCUUCUGAGCAGUGUCUGGUUUAGAAAGAAAGCAUUCUUCUUCGCUGUAUAAUGGAAAUGUUGAUGUUGUGUAGUCUUCAAUUGGUGUGGUUAUUUAUGCCUAAUUUUACAGCAAUGAUCCAUAUUUUGGCAAAUGACCUUUAAUUAGAGC